AUGAGCUCCCCCCUGGGGAGAUCUGUAUACAAGACAAUGAAUUCCGAUAUGAAUUACACGUUGAUGGAUUCAUCAUUGAAUCACUCAUCUAUUUUAGAAGGAUCGAUGAGAAUUGAAAAAGACAGCAGAGAUAAGAGAGUGCAAAAAAUGAAUGAGAAUAUUAUAAGUGAAUACGAAUCAGGAAGACAAAGUGUCGUUUUCACUCAGCAAAAAUAUAAACAAUUAUUAGAAGGGUUCUUAUUAUUUAUACAAACAAAUAAAUAUAUAAGUCAAAAAAUUACUGAGUUAAGAGGAGAAGCUACUGAUGAGUAUAAUAGAAUGCAAAAUAAAAAUAUUCCCAAUAUAAUAAUACAUCAAAGACUUAUUUGUAAUAUUAAUAAUUUUCAAACAGGAAAUGAACAAUUCGAAUUGUUAGCGAAAUGCUUAAUAAAAGAACCAUAUUUAGCUUUACCAGCUUAUCAAGCUGCUAUAAAAGAAUUAUGGAAAUCUCAAGAUAUCAAAAUAGAAAUAGAUGCUCCAAAAAUUGGAAUAUGUGGAUGGUUAGGUAGACAUCAUGUAACACCUAGAGGAUUACAAAGUUCAAUGAUAAAUAAAUUAGUAGCAGUGGAAGGAGUUGUAAAUAAAUGCUCAACUGUUCAACCAAAAUUAGUUCAAUCAGUAUAUAUAGGAGAAGCUGUUCAUGAUAUAAAUGCAGAUAUUAAAAAUGAUGAAAAAACUGUUCAUUUAAGACCACAUUAUGAUAUUACAGAUUUUGAUAAAACAGCUAAGGAUUCUGGUAGACCUCCUGUUACGGACCCAGAAGGGAAAAUCAUACAUAGACAUGAAAUAGGUUUAUGUAAAUAUAAAAAUCAUCAAAAGUUUAUUAUACAAGAAACACCAGAAGAUGCUCCAACAGGUCAAAUGCCAAGAUGGGUUGAAGUAAUAGUAGAAGAUGAUUUAUGUGAUAUUGUCAAAUGUGGAGAUAGGGUUAGGGUUUGGGGUGUAUAUAGAGCUAGUUGCGGUCAAGCUAAUAGUUCUAAUAGUGGUUUAGGUAGAUCUUUUUUAAUUGCAAAUAAUGUAUUAGUAAAAAAUAAAGAAACAUAUGAUUCUAAUUUAUCGAUAUCAGAAGCAGAUAAGAAAAAUUUUCAUGCAUUUGCUAAAAAGGAUAAUACUAUAGAUGUGUUAGGUUAUUCGUUUGCUCCAUCUAUAUGUGGUCAAGAUAUAGUAAAAAAAGGAAUUGUAUUAAUGUUAGCUGGUGGAACUGAACGUGCAUUACCUUCUCAUCAUAUUAGAGGAGAUAUACAUAUUAUGUUAGUAGGUGAUCCUAGUUGCGGUAAGUCUCAACUCUUACGUUAUGUUAUGAGUAUAAUGCCUGGUACUGUAUCAGCAACAGGAAGAGGAUCUUCAGGUGUUGGUUUAACUGCUGCUAUAGUAACAGAUCAAGAUACAGGUGAACGAGUAGUAGAAGGAGGAGCUAUGGUUAUGGGUGAUAGAAGAGUUGUAUGUAUUGAUGAAUUUGAUAAGAUGCAACCAACAGAUCGAGUAGCCAUACAUGAAGUUAUGGAACAACAAACUGUUACUGUAGCUAAAGCAGGUAUUCAUACUACCUUAAAUGCAAGAUGUACAGUACUUGCUGCUGCUAAUCCGUUAUAUGGAUGUUGGAAUGAUACACUUGAUAUGGGCCAACAAUUGCAAUUCGAACCUUCACUUCUAUCCCGUUUUGAUUUAAUAUUUCUAGUAAGAGAUAGUGCAACUGAAAAAGAUGAUGAACGAAUUGCUGAAUCGGUACUACGAAAUGUUACAGAAAAAGCAAAACCUAUAAUUAACGAGAGUAGGAAUAACCAAAAAAAUUUUGUAAUUCAAGCAGAUAGUUAUGAUAUUAAUCCCAAGGCACAGCAUAUUAGUGUUUUUAAUGAAAGAGAAGUAAACAAAAAUAAUGAUAACGAUCAAGAUAAUGAAGAAUUUGAAACACCCAUUUUUGCUAAUAGAGAUGAAAUGAUUUAUUAUGAUAAAGAAGGAGUGGAACAUGAAAUUUUAACUGUACCAUUUUUUAAAAAAUAUUUACAUUAUGUUAAAAACAUCUUCUAUCAUGAAAAACAAAGAACAGAUGGAUGGAAACCAUACCCAGAAGUAAGUGAUGAAGCAUGCGAAGUCAUUGUCGAAUUGUAUGCAGAUCUCAGAGAAAAAGCAGCCAAAUAUUCGCACAAUAAAAUUAUACAAGGAGUUACACCCAGAACGUUAGAGGCUAUCAUACGAAUAGCAUCAGCUCAUGCAAAACUUAAACUAAACAGAUAUGUUACAAGUGUUGAUGUUAACUACGCCAAAAAAUUACUCAUGUAUACCUUGUUUGGUGAGGAUAUUACAGAUGAUAACGAAGAGGAAGAAGAGGAAGAGGAAGAGGAAGAGGAAGAGGUAGAGGAAGAGGAAGAGGAAGAGGAAGAAGACGAAGACGAAGAAGACGAAGAUGAAGAAGACGAAGAUGAAAAAAUUAGCAAACUUUUCAAAACCAACAAAAAAAAUAAGCAAAAAAGAGCAUACAGAAAAAGAGCAAGCCAGAAGAAUGACGUCACUAGUAAAAAAAAACGAAGAAAAGGGCAAACCUCAAAAAAUGAUGCAGAAGGUUAUAUGAUAGAUGAUGCAGAACAAAGAGGUGGUACUCCUAAAUCUACUCCUUUAGACGUUAAAGAAAUUGAAAGAUUGAUUGUUGAAAAUGUAACACUCAACGAUCCCGGAGAUGGCCUGAGGGACGAGGAGCUCUUGGACUUGAUAAUUCUAGGAAACAAGGAUAAAAUACCACAGCUAGCUAAGCUCGAUAUCAGCCAACUACGUAAAAUCAUAAACUCCUUAAACGAGAUGGACGGAGCACCAAUUUACUACGUAAAGAAAGACAAAAUAGUCUACAAAUGUUAA